AUGGCACGUAAAGUAAGAGAUUCAAUUUUGGAUGAUUUAAGAACUACAGGGUACUUCAGUUUAUCUGUAGAUUCUACUCCAGACCGAUCCCAUAUUGAUCAGCUUACUGUUAUUUUGAGGUACGUUUCACCAAACGAUGGACUUCCAAUCGAACGUUUUCUAACAUUCCUAGAAAUCGGUAAUCACACAGGAGAAAGCAUGGCUAAGAUGGUGCACAACUACCUAAUAAAUGAGUGCAAAAUCGAUUUUAGUAAGUGUCGAGGCCAGUCAUAUGAUAAUGCUGCCAAUAUGUCAGGAAAAUACAAGGGUAUGCAAGAAAUAAUAUUGAAGAUUAACAAGUAUGCUAUGUAUAUUCCAUGUGCUGGUCAUUCCUUGAAUCUUGUUGGUAGAGCAGCAGUUGACUGUUGUUUAGAUGCAUCAAAAGUUCCUAAGUCUUUGUCAAAGACUAGAUGGGAAGCACAAUCAAUAGCCACAAAUGCAAUACUUGAAAGUUAUGAUGGAAUAAUUUCUGCAUUACAUCUACGGCAUAUUGAUACGACACAGAAAGGUGAAACAAGAAAUCAAGCCAUAAAUAUUUUGAAUAAAAUGGAAGAGUUUGAAUUUAUGGUAAUGUUAUAUUUGUGGAGUUACUUACUAAAUGAAUAUCAUAAAACCAAUUCCAGAAAUAUGUUCGAUCAUUUUGAAAAAAAAGUGAAGGAAAAAUUGCCUGAUGUUGAUUAUAAAAAAAGUAAAUAUACAGGUAGAAAAAGGCAUAUUAAUGAUGAUGAAAGUGAUGCAAAUUAUCAUUAUACUUAUUCAUGUCAUUUUUCUGAAUUCUUUGAUUUAUUUGAGUUAAGAUUCUUUGAAAAAAUCCUAUAA